GUCGUCGUACCUGUACCUGUACCUGUGGCUCGACAUAACACGCCCCGGCAAAGAUUCGAGGGUUCGCGAAGAUCAAUGGCUGUACUGUCUGCCGAAGUCAUGUGCGAGAUCCUGGAUUUGGCAGUCCCACGGUGCGACACGCGAUACAACGCUGCCGCUGGCGGAGCAUGGCCGGCCUAUCGAGAGCUGAGGCAGCUCUGCCUCGUCUGUCGGUCUUGGGCAACGUACAUCCAGUAUCGACUGUUUGAUCAUGUCGAUCUGGGGACGUUUGAUGCCCGUCUUGCUUUCUUACGUGCUAUUGGCCAGAAUACGACGCGCAGUGUCGAGCUCAAGCAAACGACACGCAUUCUCGUACUUUCUGGUCCAAUUUUCAGACCGGGUGGUAGGAGGGACGUCGCCGACAUCUUAUCCCAGCUCCCGAACCUCAAGACGGUGCACAUGGGCCCAGGCUUCAACCUGCCCUACCUUCCACCAUCGACCUACGUCCCGAGCAACUUCCCUUCUGUCCGAUCUUUCACCGUCCAGAUGAGCAGACAAUCGAGUUGGGAAGCACUGCAUGAGCUACUACGCAAGAUGCCGACGUUGGAGCGGCUUUGUAUCCAUGACUUUAAUGCUGUGGGACCGAUGCCUUCAGUUCAGGAUACGCCGUUCACCUUCCGACUUCGGGAAUUCGUGCUCGGUUGCCCGUGGAGAUGUAUCUCGCCAACCUAUCUCAGGGCGUUCCUCGCCCACUCCGCGGGAUCUUUGGAGGUCUUGGGAUUGAGCAUGAGCAUGAUCGAGCCCGGGCUUGAAGAAGUGCUGCAGCGGCAUGUGUCGGGGUUGCGUUCGCUUGCCCUGGACACUGCAGAAGAGGCGACUCUCCAACCAGCAACUCUCCACUCAUGUCGUCAUCUCGAGCACCUCGUUAUCACCUCUUCCAAUUCCGACCUCAUCCCGGCGCUUCCACCUACCCUCCGUAGGCUUCAGAUUAACAAGGUGGUCUUCUCUGACGGACAACCUAUGAGUGACCGGUUUCUCGAGACGCUCCAGACGUCCUUAUCGUCCUUGGAGCUGAUCAGCGAACUGCUCGUGUCUGGCACGCACUUGGGUACGGGAUGGGCACAUAAACCCCUGGACGCAGACGAGGGAACGAUGAGGAACAUUGAUGUGAGGUAUUUUGGGCUUCGAGCAGAAUGUGCCAAGGGCGGUGUGAGGUUCUGCACUUCCAUAGAUUCUGACGACACUCAGUGGACUCGGUUUCAUGAGCUGUUCCCCAUGAUACUCUGAGCCGGAGCAACCAUAGAUGCUGAUACGAGUUUCAUAGAGACAGAUAGCUAUCAUAGACAUCGAUAGACAUAAGUAUUGCGCCUAGACUACUCAAUUUUCGAAAGAGGUAUUGUUGGAGGUUGUGGAUAAUGUGGUGGGAUAAUAGGCGCUGUUAUGUAUAUAAAGGUAUCGCAACCAUUCUGUUCAUGUGAUGCACCUGCCUAGAGAAGACUUUGUUGUGCCACAUGAGUUCACACCAGUGAGCGAUAUCAAGGAACCGACUCGAGUCAGGCCACGCAAACUCAAAGGAACACGAGUACAGCAUCCACAAACGAGAGAUCUGCUAAGUAGGCCUAGAGAGCCAUUGUAUAGCAGACCACC